AUGACUACUGAACUCUCAUGGACGACUCUGCGUCUGCUGGUAUUGCUCUUCGUUGCCGUAUGCUUCAGUGCCACAGACAAACACCCAAACCCCUCGACCCAAGAGCAAGGAGUCACCUUCAGCCACGUCUAUAAAAUUGACAUCAAUGGAAGUUCUGGCUGUAAUCAGGAACGCUUGACGAGCCAGGAUGAAUCAGGUGUGCAUGCAGGCAAACAGAGCAGUGCAAAUGGGGAAAAUGACAUUGUCUUCAAACACAACAUCAAACUGAAAAUGCCUAAAUGUGACUGUGAGGACUCUGAGAGCUUCAGGUCUCUCCUGUACAGAGUGAAUGGUCUGGAAGAAGAGGUCACCUACCUGAAGAUGCACUGUGCUCAGGGAUGCUGUGGGCAAGGAGCUGCAGGAAUUGAUACAAGCUGCAGUGGGCGAGGCACAUACCAACACGAAAUGUGCAGCUGCCUCUGUUACCCUGGAUGGGAAGGGUCAGACUGCUCAGUGUCCAUCUGUCCCGACGACUGCAAUGACAAUGGUCGUUGUGUUGAUGGCAAGUGCGUGUGCCACCAGGGUUACACGGGACAUAACUGCAGCCAGCAAAUGUGUCCAGACAACUGCAAUGACAAGGGACACUGCGUGGAUGGAAAAUGUAUUUGUUUCCAGCACUUCACCGGUGAGACCUGCAGUGUCCAGAAGUGCCCCAGCGGCUGCUCUGGUAACGGCCGGUGUGUGGACGGACAAUGCGUCUGCAAUAAAGGAUUUCACGGGCAAGACUGUUCACUGGUGUUCAGCCCUCAGGGUCUGAAUCUGGUCGAAGUAACUGACAUCACUGCGCUGGUAGAAUGGGAGUCAGUGCCUGGGGCAGAGUACUACAUUUUGAAAUAUCACCCAAAAUUGAACGCAAGUGCUCUGAAGCAGGUGCAAAUUCCCAACACAGAUAACAACUACUUCAUCACGGGACUGUCACCUGGGGUGACAUAUGUUGUUCAGGCCCAUACUGUCAUCAAAGAACUCCAGAGUGAUGCAGAAACAAUCGAAGCUGCGACAGAUUUGUCAGCCGUCGGUGGUAUUCGUGUUCUCGGCCAGACUGAAGUCUCUAUCAAAGUGGACUGGAUGAAUCCAGCAGCAGUGGUGGAACACUUCAAGCUCACACACACUGACCCAGCAGGAGUGGAGGAGGAAGAGCAAGUAAUGAGCAGCCAAGAGGCACGCACUAAACAUACGAUUGUCGGUCUAAAUCCAGGGACAGAGUACCUGAUCUCAGUACAGGCCAUCCAGGGAUCCACUGAGGGAAAAGCUUCCUCUGUCACUGGUGCUACAGACAUUGAUGCUCCUAGAAACCUUGCCGCCGUUAAUGUAACAGAAGACACCGCUACAGUUUCAUGGGACCAAGUUCAAGCAGAAACGGAAGGCUAUAUUGUAAGCUACACCUCUGAUGAAGAUUCCGGUACAACGAUCCUUCUAGAAUCUGACAGGACCUCAUACAAGCUGACUGGCCUACGGCCUGGAGUUCUCUACACUGCCGACAUCUGGGCUAUUAAGGGGGACAGAAAGAGCAGCAAGAGUUCAACAGUAGCCCAAACAGAAUUGGAUGCUCCAAAUAAUGUCUUGGCCCAAGAUGAAACAGAGUCCAGCUUCACCGUGUCAUGGGAUCACACCCAGGCAGAAAUUGAGGGCUACAUCCUCACCUACAGUUCAUCUGAAGGCUCUAGUGAGGAAAUCCCAGUAGGACCAGACAUCACUUCUUACAGGCUUACUGGUCUGAGGCCAGGAACUCUCUACUCAGUCUACAUCUGGGCCAUCAAAGGGGACAAAGUCAGCCGGAAGAUCUCAACACAAGCAGAGACAGAACUGGAUGCCCCUGCUAACCUGAUGGCUGAAGAUGAAACAGAAUCCAGCUUCAAAGUGUCAUGGGAUCGAGUCCAGGCAGCGGUUGACGGAUACAUCCUCACCCAUACUUCUUCUGAGGGCUCCAGUGAAGAAAUUCCAGUUGGACCACAGAACACAUCUUAUAGGCUAACUGGUCUGAAGCCUGGAACGCGCUACUCUGUCUCUGGCUGGGCUAUCAAGGGGAACAAAACAAGCAAGAAGAUCUCAACAGAAGCUGAUACAGAACUUGAUGCUCCCACUAACCUCCUUACCCAAGAUGAAACAGAAUCCGGCUUCAGUGUAUCAUGGGAUCAUGUCCAGUCAGAAAUUGAUGGAUAUAUCCUCGCAUACACCUCUGCUGAAGGAUCGAGUGAGGAAAUUCCACUGGGACCUGACAACACCUCUUACAGUCUGAGUAGUUUAAGGCCUGGAGUCCUCUACAAUGUUUACAUCUGGGCCAUCAAAGAUGACAAAGACAGCAAGAAGACCUCUACACAAGCUGAAACAGAGAUUGAUGCCCCUAAAGAGCUGAAAGCUUCAGAUGUGACACCGGAGUCUGCUUCCUUGUCCUGGCUUCCUUCAGUGGCUGAAAUUGAUGGCUACAUCCUCAGCUACAGAGACGAGGAUGGCAACACAGAGAUGGUUGAACAGCAGCUCACGGCCAGAGAGAGACACUUUGCUGCGUCUGGUCUCGACAUGGCAAAGAAUUACAUCGUGUCUCUCGUAGCCUAUAGGGGAAACAAGAAGAGUAAGGUGAUAGAAACCACCUUCAAAACAGUUGGCCUGCUGUACCCUUUCCCCAUGGACUGUGUUCAGCUCAUGAAGAAUGGCAACAAGAAGAGCGGCAUCUACACAAUUUAUGUUAACAAUAACCGCUCAAGACCAAUGGAGGUCUACUGUGACAUGGACACGGAUGAAGGCGGUUGGCUGGUGCUGCAGCGUCGCAACACUGGUAAACUGGAUUUUAUGAAACGCUGGAGACAGUAUGUUGCAGGUUUUGGCAACAUGACUGAGGAGUUCUGGCACGGUCUGGAUAAGAUAUAUGACCUCACCAACACACCGAUCCAGUAUGAGCUCAGGUUCGACUUAGGCUUGGGUUCAGAAAGGGUCUACGCUGUGUACGAUGACUUUAAGGUUGCCCCAGCCAAGCAGAAGUUUAAACUCACUGUUGGCAAAUACAGUGGGACAGCAGGUGACGCAAUGACGUACCACCAAGGCCGGCCUUGGACUACUGUGGACUCAGAUAAUGACAUCGCCCUGGGUAACUGUGCUCUGACCCACCGUGGUGCCUGGUGGUACAAAAACUGUCACCUGGCCAACCUCAAUGGAAAGUGGGGUGACAACAGGCACAGUAUGGGACUGAACUGGGAACCAUGGAAGGGCCACAAGAAAUCGCUUGACUUCACAGAAAUGAAGAUUCGGCCCGUGGGAGCGUUGUCCAGCAGGAAGAGGCGAUCGCUGGCCGUCAAAGAGAAGAGCAGAACAAGAAACAUACAGAAGUAGUAGAAGAAGGCCUUCUGCUAAAAUCAAAGCACUUGUUAUCCCUAACAAACAUGCCAUUAUGUAAAAUUUAAGCAUUUUUCUCCAUUUUAAUUAAAGGAGUUCAAGAUGAUGACUUCCCAAUGAUCUGCAUGCCUCUCUGGUCACUUGACAAAAUGGGCAUCACACGCCAAAACUAAGUAACUGAGUACAUUUCUCCACCAAGGUCCAACCAUUAUUUGUAUGAGGUACUUUAACUGAAGGUGGCCUGCCUGUUUCAAUGAAGUACAAAUAACAACAGUAGAAGACGUCCAUACUAUAUUCCCAUUCAUUCAUUCUUUUUCUAUACCUGCUUACUCCAAUUAAGGGUCACAAGGGGGCUGGAGCCUAUCCCAGCAGACGUAGGGCGUGAGGCGGGGUACACCCUGGACAGGAUGCCAGUCUGUCGCAGAGCGUAAUGUCUACAUAUCCACCAAAAUUGGGGAUUGGGAAAUGGAUCAGUAUCUCCACCAAAUGGAGAUACUGAUCCAUUCAAAAACCUUAGACACGAAAGUGACCACCUGUUGCUUAAAGUAGUAGAUUACAAACAGGGGGUAUGAGGUACUUUAACUGAAGGUGGACUACCGGUUUCAACGAAGUACAAAUAACAGCAAUAGAAGAUGCCCAUAACAUAUUUCCAGAUGUACAUUCAUUCAUUCAUUCAUUUUCUAUACUGAUUACUCCAAUUAAGGGUAACAGGGAUGCUGUAGUCUAUUUCAGCAGCUACCAGUUUACAUCCGUUUUAAAAUGUAAACAACACUUCCUUGAAUCUCGAUCUACCUCUACACAAAAUUUCAAUAAAAUCCAUUUUCUUUUUAAUUCGAGACAUUAAAAACAUUAAUUUAAAGAAGAAGCUGGUUAAAUUUUGAAGCAGAUAUGGAUCUCGAAUAACUUUAAACGUAGGUCUGCAUUACUCACUCACUCACCUUCUACCGCUUACUCCAAUUAAGGCAGGGUACCCCCCUGGACAGGAAGUCAGUCUGUUGCAGGGCCCUAGGUCUACAUAUCCACCAAAAUUAAUUCAUAUCUGUACACUAGAGCACUUGGCGAAAAUCUGUUGUACCUGUAUUAAUGCCAAAUGCCCACCAGGUGGAGAUGCUGAUCCAUUUCAAGAACCUUGAGACAUGAAAGUGACCAACCUGUUGCUUAAAGUAGUAGAAACAGGGGGCAAGACAUUACCUUAUUCGAGGUAAUAAGUUUUAUUACUUCAUUAAUGAAUUGCUCAGUUUAAUCUGAUUUUGGAGAAAGCAGCCUGAGAGUUUGUGAUUUUGGUGUUUGAACUGGUUUUUUAUUUGUAGCUUAAACCCUGUACUCACUUUCACAGAUGUACACCCUGGAAGGUCACAGUUUGAAACCUUGCUCAUACCUUGAGGAACCUUAAAAGGUCCCAAAUGGUGUUUGUUAUGAACCAGGAUAUUUUGUCAUUAUGCUGUGAUCUUGUUUUAAUCAUUGUGCAAUUUUCAUGAUGUUAGGAAAUAAACUUUUCUAUCCCUAU